GCUGCAGCUUCAGGACCAGGGAAGAUACCAGUGCUACAUCAGCAUCAUUGAUGGAGUCCACAAGGAGUCAUUUAUCAACCUGAGAGCAGAUGGUAAAGAAACUCACAGUGAAAACACAACACAAAUACUAGAAAUGAUAUUUGUCUCUUGUUGUUGUUCCCUUGUUUCACAUGUGUACUGUUGGGUUGAGUUGAAGCUGAUACUGAAGCAUUGGACGUCUCGCUGCUUGCCGGCACCAUUACCUCUUUGAAACAUGGUUAGUCACUAAAGUGCAAUGCAUCCUGGGACAGGUUGGACGGGGACGGAUCCACUCGUUGGAGCUCGGUCUUCAAAUGCAGCCCCUGAAUUGAGACACAGCUGAUGUCAGCAGCUCCACAUAUUGGCUCAUAUGUGACAUCUCCGGUGCGUCACGUGGACAUUGAGCAGGUGGAGGACAGCUUCACCUGCCGCUCAGAGGGGAUCUACCCCGAGCCGCAGCUCACCUGGUCCACCAGGCCUCCGUCCAACGUGACCCUUCAGAACCAAACCUCAGUGAAGGAGACGGAGCAGCAGCUCUAUGAGAUCAGCAGCACAGUGACACUGUCAGACAGAGACUCUGUUCUGAUCUGCAGCAUCAGCACUCGCAGUGGGAGGAGGAGCGCGGUGUGGUAUCAACCCACUCUCGUCCAUGUGUCACCGAAUGAAACAACAACAACAAUCAACUGCACUGCUCCAAACACCAAACCCCCGACACACUGGGUGUGGAAGUUCAACCACAGUCAGAUCAUUGUGGACCAGACCGGGGUGGACGGCCCCCCCAGGGUCUCAGAGCAGUGGAGGCAGCAGGUGGAGGAUGUGUCAGCGUCAGGCAGCCUCACGCUGCACCACUUAUCUUCAGAUCACCAGGGAACGUUCACCUGUGAACUCAGUAGUGAAGAGGAGACGCUCUUCAUCAACAGCUACGUGACGAUAGAGGAAGGUAAGAUCCCAUGAGACCAGAACUGAUGAUGAAAUCCUCAGAGCGACUGUCAGACCUGAGGCUGGUGCAGUGAGUCCUGGUUCCUCCUGGUGGAGCAGAUCCCCCAGGGCUCCGUCCUCCAGCUCCUCAGGAGCAUCAUGUCCACAUGUUGUCAGGAGAACACACAGGAACCAGGAGGACACACACACACACACACACACACACACACACACACACACACACACACACUUUACACUGAAGACACAUCACUGCACUUUGUUGAUGCUACAGUUCUUCUCUCUGAA